CUCCCGCCGAACGAGGCUGCGAAGCCGAGAUGAAGAGGUUUCCGGUCGCCUUCGUCGUCGCAUCUAUCCUCUUCUUCCUCUCUGCCUCCCUCUCGAUCUCCGUGGCGUCGGAGGAGGCCACCGUGUACAUCGCCUACUUGGAAUGUCCCGAGGGCGUGAAACCCGAGGCCUUCUCUAUUCGAACCCUCGCCGUCGUCCUUGGGAGUGAAGAGCGCGCCAAGGAUGCCGUGAUCCAUCAUUAUACGCAUGCCGCCAGGGGGUUCGCGGCGAAACUCACCGCACAACAGGUCGAAGAAUUGCGGAAGCAACCUGGGGUUCUUCUCGUUUUGCCCGAUAUCAUCUACCAUCUCCAUCGCACAGAUGUGCAUGUCUAACACGAGCUUUUGUGUUGAUAUGUUGGGCCAUCAAAUAAAUGUAUGAAAUAAAAUUGCUAUAUGGUAAAUGCAUGAUUGGGUACAUGCUUCUGCAUGGGACUGUAUGAAAUUGGACUUAUUCAUAUCAAAGUUCAAGUUCAUGGAUGCAUUUUUUCCAA